GGGUCACCUCAACUGGUUGGCGCUGGCAGCCGCAUGUGGCCGCAUUUAAUGCGGCUGUUGGAUGGGACGUCUGUGCAGGGUACGGUGAUCUGUACGCAUGUGAGGCGGAUAUCUUGUCGAGUGAGAUGCCUUCGGCCAUAGAGCAGUAGCCGAGGGGCUCCUCCAACCGAUGGCACCCUGGUGCCGAGGGCUCACAGUGCUGAGGGCUACUGUUUUCGCCGUUUUCUCCCAGUUUCUUAAUUUGUUUGAGAAAUCCGUUCUGCGAGAGUUUAGAGCCUUCGGCCAGGGGGCCGAAGGCACCCCUGGCGCGUAGUGUGGGCUGCUUGGUAUUCUGGGCGCUGUGAUUUGGGCCUGUUGGACCUUCUGGACCUGUUGAGCCUCUAAAGGAGUAGGAGGAGUCUGUGGGCCGGGUGUUCCCGGGCCAUAUACUCCAUCAGACGGUAUUGAAGAGAUAUUAUAUUGGAAGACACGAAUAAAGACAAAAGACGGUGAUAUCUAGCGUUCAUAUCACAAAUGAACCGGUAAAGCAAGAUGUGGAUAAAUACUAAAAGAAAGUGAUUUUUUAGCUUUUGGAUUUUAUUUCAUAGAAAUGGUGAGAGACAAAAGAAGAUAACGAAUGAAGUGAGAUGAAGAAUAGAUAAUUCGCUAGCAGAUGCACUAAUUAGCGGUUGACAGCAAUGAUUCCAAUGAAAAGUGAGGGUUUUGUACGAUGAGUACGUCUCCUUCUUCGCUGACGGCGGCGCAGCCGCCAACUUCGACCUCAAUUCCUUCUUCAACGGCGUGGCAGGGUAAAUCGUUUGUAGAUGUUGUUGCUGAGCGUUCAUCCGGAUCGCUAUCAGAAAAAACUCACUAUCAAGGGGAUGCCUGCUAUUUCUUUCCCGAAGUGUGAUAUCAAGAUCCUAGCAGAACGUCAUAAACACUCGCUGAUUCGUUAUUUCUACCGUGGACGCCCUAAUUUGGAUACGCUUCGUAAAUCUAUGGAGAAAAUUGGAUUCAAAGGAGCUUUCCAUUUAGGGGCAUUGGAGAUAAAGCACGUGUUGAUUCGCUUUGAGCACGAGGAUGAUUACUUUAGAAUCAUGGUCCAUUCAAGGGAAGGUCAUGCGGGUUACCAAGUGGUCGCCUACCUUUAGGCCAAACGUGGAAGGUCUGAGUGGCUUUUGAGGGCUUACCUAUUCAUCUUAGGGAUGGAUUCGAUUUGGGCCACCCGGCCCGUGACCCAACCCGGCCCGCUACUAUGCGGGCCCGGAACCGGCCCGGUCGGGCGGUCCGGGACCGGGCGUAGACCCGAAUCGGGGGGCUAAGCGGUUGCGGGCUCGGUUCCUAUAAAACGUGACCCGGCCCAUGCCGGGUCGGGCCCGGGUCCGGGUCACAACGGCUCUAUUUUAAUUUUUUUUCAUUUGGGCCAAAUGACCGUUGGGGGUGGGCUGGGGACAACCCAAACGGCUAUAUAGCCAUUGGGUGGGAUGCAGGGGGGUCCGGGCGGUUUGGGGUGGGGGUGGGGGUGGGGGUGAGGUGGUGGGUAAAAAAACCUAUAAAUACUCCUAAUCUUAAACAUUUUUCCAUUUCUCUUCUCCAACUCUUCCUAAAUCCUAUCUUAACUCUCUACUCUUAACUAUCUACUUAUAAAUACAUACAUUAUAUUACUUAUAUUUCUUAUCUAAUUAUAUAUUACUUAUACAUUUAUUAUAUCUAUUAAUAUAGUUUGAAUUAUAUCUAAUUAAUUCGAAGUCAUUCUAUUACUCCCAUCCGAAAGACCGAAACAGAUACAAAAUCAUUCUAUUAUUUACACUUGUUUAAUUUUGUAUUAACAUUACUUGAUUAGUUAAUUAGUUUUCAC